AGAGACAAAACAGAAGCUACUUUUUGUUGCUAGCCAGCCGGUAGCAACAGCUAGCUAGCUAUUUUUUUUUUUAAAGCAGGCAGGCAGGAUGGAAAGCAGCGACGGAAUGGAGGUGGACGGCUGGGACUCCAAUCUGGAGGAGGAGCUGGGCAUUUCUCUGGACGAGCUGAAGAAGUGGAUUGAAGAAACUGUGGAGAAGAGCGAGAUCGUGCAGAAGAAAAAGGCUCAGCUGACGGAACUCAAAGAAUGGGUGGAGCAGAAAGAGGAAGAGGAGGCCAAGACAGAGAUGCUUCUCAAAGAUGCCAACCAGUCGGUGUUGGAGUGUGAGAAACUGGUGAAGGAAACAUACCAGAAGAACGGCCUGGUGUACCGUGAGAGCAGCUCAGAGGACGAGGGAGGUGGAGGUGGCCUGUUGUCCUCCGAGGUCAUCGAGAUAGACGAUGACGACGAUGAUGAUGUCAUCGCAGUCGGCUGCCUGGUUCCUCCUAAGAAGACGCUCACUCCGAGCAAAGAUCCAUCGGUAAAAGACACCUCUGCAGCUCUACAGAAAACAGUGCAGCAGGUGAAGAAGUUGACCCAAAUAGUCAACAAGCCUGGUGUUCCAUUGAUUCGAUCUCCAAUGCAGUCUACAUCCCUGACAAGUAUACAUAGUUCAGCUCCAGCAGUGUUUGUGUCCCAGCUUUCGUCUCAUUCCAUGACCCAGCCGAACCCAAACAUCAAAGAGGAAGAGCUCAGAGUCGGGAUGAUCAUUCUGGGAAAGAAGCGCACCAAGACCUGGCACAGAGGCGCCCUUGUUGCCAUCAACCCUGUCGGAAACGGUGUUUUCAAGUAUAAAGUGAAGUUUGAUAAAGGAAAGAGUCUGCUGUCAGGAAAUCACGUGGCAUUCGACUACAACCCCAUCCUGGAGAGUCUGUUCGUCGGGGCUCGUGUAGUCGCCAAGUACAAGGACGGCAACCUGGUGUGGCUCUAUGCUGGCAUAGUGGCAGAGAUGCCCAACAAGAACAAGAUGAGAUUUCUGAUCUUCUUUGAUGAUGGCUACGCUUCAUAUGUUAAUCUUCCUGACCUUUUCCCUGUUUGCCGACCAUUGAAGCGUACCUGGGAGGACAUUGAGGAUGCAUCAUGUCGAGACUUCAUUGAGGAGUACAUCACUGCAUAUCCCAGCAGGCCUAUGGUGCUCCUAAAGGUUGGACAGAUCAUCAAGACAGAGUGGGAGGGAACGUGGUGGAAGAGCAAAGUGGAGGAGGUGGAUGGAAGCUUGGUCAAGAUCCUCUUUUUGGAUGAUAAGAGGAGCGAGUGGAUCUACAGAGGCUCCACCAGGUUGGAGCCAAUGUUCAACCUGAAGAUGACCUCUGCCAACACGCAGGAGAAGAAGCUGGCAGGACAGCAGAGGUCACGACCUAACAUGGGGGCGUUAAGGAGUAAGGGUCCAGUAGUUCAGUACACCAGCGACGGACAUGUCGGAGCCUCUCCUGUGAAAUCACCACAGCCCUCACCCAGCCAGUCUUCACUGACACCACAACCUCCAUCCCGGCCUCAGCCCCAGCAGCCCCAGCAGCCCCAGCAGCCACAGAUCCAACACACCCCUCAGCCUCCGCAGCCACUGCAGCCCCUACAGCCCCCACAACCUCCCCGUGUUGACAACAAGCAUCAGAUGGCAAAGAAGAGCACUUCUCCGUUUGUCCCAGGAGUUGGAGGCACUCAUGCCUCCAAAGUCAUGCAGUCUCUUUCCUCCAGUCCCAGCAACUUCACUGGAGUGAGAAUACUGAAUACUCAAAAUACUACUACACUAACUUUUGCACAACCGUAUCAGAGACAGUUGCCCACUCUGGCUGGAGCCCCUCCUCCUGUCACCCACGCUGUGGCGACCAUCCCACAUCAACCUGCGUACCGAGCCCCGACAGACCGCAUCUUCUACCUGACGCACACUUGCCAGCCUGCGUGUCUGAACAGAGUCCGCCCUGUGAAACCAGACCUGCACCGCGGAAAGAACCCGCUCCUCACACCUUUACUGUACGAUUUCAGACGUAUGACAGGGCGACGCAAAGUCAACCGCAAGAUGUCCUUCCAUGUGAUCUACAAGGCCCCUUGUGGUCUUUGUCUUCGGAACAUGUUAGAGAUCCAGCAGUACCUCUUCCAGACCCGCUGUGACUUUAUAUUCCUGGAGAUGUUCUGUCUCGACCCCUAUGUGCUGGUGGACCGGCCCUUCCAGCCUCAGAGGCCAUUCUACUACAUCCCCGACAUCACAGGCGGAAAGGAAGAUAUCCCCCUCUCCUGCGUCAAUGAGAUCGAUACCACCCCGCCUCCUAAUGUAGCUUACAGUAAAGAGCGCAUUCCUGAAGAUGGAGUUUAUAUCAACACCAGUGCAGACUUCCUGGUCGGCUGUGAAUGUACUGACGGCUGUCGAGACAAAUCCAAAUGCUCGUGCCACCAGCUGACCCUGCAGGCCACAGGCUGUACACCAGGGGCCCAGAUCAACACAAGCGCUGGAUUUUUACACAAACGAUUAGAGGAGUGUCUCCCCACAGGGAUUUAUGAGUGUAAUAAGAGGUGUAAAUGCUGUGCUGAGAUGUGUACUAAUCGACUAGUGCAGCACGGCCUGCAGGUGCGUCUCCAGCUCUUUAAGACCCAGAACAAGGGCUGGGGCAUCCGAUGUCUGGACGACGUGGCCAAGGGCUCUUUCGUCUGUAUUUAUGCUGGUAAAAUUUUAACGGACGACUUUGCCGACAAAGAAGGCCUAGAGAUGGGUGACGAGUAUUUUGCUAAUUUAGACCACAUUGAGAGUGUGGAGAAUUUCAAGGAGGGCUACGAGAGCGAGGCUCACUGCUCGGACAGCGAGGGGAGCGGUGUGGAUGUAUCCAGAAUCAAAAUACAACCAUCUGCUUUAGUAUCUAAUAACCCCGUGGGCCGACCGUCCAAAAAAACUCGAAGCCCAAGCUCAUCGGGGGACAGUAACGAUGACGACGACAAGGAUUCAAAGAGCGAGGAUGAAAGUGACAGUUCAGAUGACACGUUUGUGAAGGAAAGCUACUUCAGCUCCAGCUCUGUGUGGAGAAGUUACACCACACGGGGGCAGGUCAAAGGCAACAAGGAAGGGAGUCAAGACAGUAAAGAUGGAUUGAGUGCUUCCGUCAAAGGGCCUGAUGAUGAUAAACCUCCACCCAUGCCAGAGGAGAUGGGGAAAAGUAAAGUGGCUUCAUGGCUUACCAGUCAGGGGAUAAAGAAGGAAUCUGGAGACAGCAAAAGUCAAGUGAAGUCAGAAACAGGAAAGAAGCAGGAUGUGAUGACACUCUCUGACAGUGAUGAUGUUCAGACCAUCAGCUCUGGAUCUGACGACAACAAAGAGAAGGAGAAAGUCACCCCUGGCGUGACUAAGAAGCAGGUCGCAGUGAAAUCUACCCGAGGCAUCGCCCUGAAGGGCAGCCACGGGAUGAUGGUGAAAACGGGUCCACCCGGAGGUGGUGGAGGGCAGGGGGGUCAGGGAGGAAAAAAAGGACAGCAGGGACAGACGGGAGGAGGAACUGAAAAUGCUCACAGGAACACCCGUCUGUUCUUUGACGGUGAAGAGUCCUGCUACAUCAUCGAUGCCAAGCUGGAAGGAAAUCUCGGCCGUUACCUCAAUCACAGUUGUAGUCCUAACCUUUUUGUCCAGAAUGUGUUCGUGGACACACAUGACCUGCGCUUUCCCUGGGUGGCGUUCUUUGCCAGCAAGCGGAUCCGAGCCGGCACAGAGCUGACCUGGGACUACAACUACGAGGUGGGCAGUGUGGAGGGGAAGGUGCUGCUCUGCUGCUGUGGAUCAACCGAGUGCAGAGGAAGACUGCUGUGAUCUUCAUCCGUCAUGGACGUCACUCCCUCUUGUGCAUCUUUAAGAAGACUUCGAGGAGCCCUUCAACACUGUUUUUAUAAGUUGAACAACUGUUAUCAUUUUUAUUAUAUUUCAGCUGUUUUUUUGCCUUUAUUUUAUAUGAACAUAUUUUUCCUGAUUGUCUCAUUUUAUCCAUGACCAGUUUCUGAAUAAAAGUUUUUUUUUUCUUGA